CUAGAGUGGAGAGAUGAAAAUCCGAGCCGGAAAAGGAUGAGGAUGGCGCAGAACCGAGGUCUGAUGCCGACCUCCACACUGAGAUUUGGAAGGCCGAACUCAACACCCCCGCAACAAUCUGCAGAUCACGGUCAUACUACAGAGCAGUGCAACAGUUUAAGGUCCAAACUGGAAAGUCUAGCUCAGAAGGGAAUGCUGAAUGAGUACGUUCAGAGAGCGGCACAACCACGGUUUGUUAGAGAACAAGGGCCACAACCUCAAGGAGCCCGUAACCCACCAAACAGGCAAGGUGUGGGAUAUCAACAAAACCCACCUUCGCUCCCACCACCAGCUAGAAUCAUACACAUGAUCACGGGAGGUCUGGAAGCAGGUGGACUGAGCUCUAAACAACGAAAGCUGUAUGUUAGAGAGCGUGUCCUUGUCGACACCGGGAGUGCACCAGAUAUCAUGUACUUCUACUGUUUCGAGAGUCUUGGACUGGAUCCAGCAUUGUUGCAGAAAUAUGAUGGUCCCAUCUAUGGUUUCAACAACCAGCCUGUUCCGGUAGAAGGAGUUCUUACCCUCCAUGUGGCUUUUGGGAGUGGCCUGACCUACUUCCCAACUCCUAUGGGAAUAGCAACACUGCGAGGAAACCAGGAGGUGGCCAGACAUUGUUACAUCACCUCGGUAACACAACCAAAAAAGGGUAAAGAUCAGACACUCGAGGCCAUUCCCCAGCGAAUUCCUGAUAAUCAGCAAGUUAUGGGUGUUGAGAUCGUAGAUAAUCUACCGGAAGAUGAAACCAGAGCUGCUCCGGUCGAAGAUGUUGAAGAAGUGCUCAUUGAUGACAGAGAUCCGAGCCGAAAGAUGCAGAUCAGAACUAGAUUGAACCCGGAGGAAAGAGCAGAGCUAAUAGCUUUUCUCCGAGCUAACAAUGAUGUAUUCGCAUGGACUUCGGCAGAUAUGCCAGGAAUUCCAAAUUCAAUAUCUCAACACAAGCUCAGCACCAAUCCAUUGAAGAAACCAGUGGCCCAGAAGCGACAUCUCUUCGGGGGGGAGAGGCUUCAGGCUAUUAAAGAAGAGGUAGAGAAACUUCUACAAGCUGGUUUCGUCAGGAAAGUUGAUUACUACGAAUGGGUGGCUAACCCAGUCCUGGUGAAGAAGGCAAACGGCAAUGAGAGGUUAAGUCUCUUGGAUGCAUAUUCUGGGUACCACCAAGUGCCGAUGGCUCCCGAAGACAAAGAGAAAACCUCGUUCUAUGCUGGUGAUGAAAUUUAUUGCUAUGUCAUGAUGCCGUUUGGCUUAAAGAACGUAGAUGCUACUUAUCAGAAAAUGGUGACCAUUGUCUUCCAAGCUCAGAUCGGCAAGAAUCUGGAGGUGUAUGUCGAUGACAUUGUGGUAAAGAGCCUAAAAGCAGAAGACCAUCUAGCUGAUCUCGACGAAACUUUCAACAACCUCAGAAAGAACAAAAUGCGGUUAAACCCAGCCAAAUGCAUCUUCGGCGUGGAGUCUGGAAAGUUUCUAGGCUUCAUGGUGUCCCGAAGAGGGAUUGAGGUCAAUCCAGAGAAGAUCAGAGCAAUUGCCGAGAUGGAACCGCCGAAAUCAGUAAAAGACAUACAGAGGUUGACUAGAGGGGUGGCAGCUCUUCAUCGGUUCAUAUCGAAGUCAGCAGAUAAGUGCCUGCCAUUCUUCAAGAUUAUGAGCUCACCGCCUUUGCUGACUAAAGCCAUAGAUGGAGAGAUUCUAUAUUUGUAUCUGAGGAUUUCAAAUGAAGUCAUUAGUUCAGUUCUGGUGAGAGAAGAAGCCAAGCAGCAGAAACCAAUCUAUUAUAUCAGUAGUGUACUGCACGGAGCAGAACUGAGGUAUCCUAUAGUUGAGAAAGCAGCAUUAGCAGUUGUCACUUCGGCCAGGAAGCUGAGACCGUAUUUCCAGUCACACCCAAUUAUCGUCCUCACAGAUCAACCUCUCCGUCAAAUUCUGCAGAAACCAGAGCGCUCUGGAAGAUUAAUUAAGUGGGCACCCAACAACUGGACCUUAUAUGUUGACGGUGCAUCUAGUAGCAAGGGUUCAGGAGCUGGUGCUCUCUUGAUUGGCCCAGAUGGAUACCGAAGUGAACAUGCCCUGAAAUUUAAUUUCGAUGCAACCAACAACAUGGCUGAAUAUGAAGCUUUGCUGCUUAGUCUACAGUUAGCACUGGAGUUGAAAAUCAGUACAAUUCAAGUAUACAGUGACUCCCAGCUGGUGGUGAACCAAAUCAACUCAAUCUGCGAAGUUGUUGAUCCUGUGAUGGCAGAUUCACUCUCCAAGUUUGCCUCUGAUAGCUCUUUAAGUUCCAAAUCCGUUUUUGUGGAGGUCUUAGAUGAACCAAGCUUCAUGAAGCCUCGGAUGAUGGAGAUUAGCACAAACCCUGAUACGCCGAGUUGGACUGACUCAAUUAUCUCCUUUUUGCGGGAGGGGAUAAUACCUGAGGACAGGCAGGAGGCAAUGAAGUUGAGGAAGAAAGCAUCUCGGUAUACACUUGUUGAUGGGGUCCUCUAUAAGAGAUCUUUUUCACUCCCUCUUCUACGGUGCUUGAAUCCCUACGAAGCUGAGUAUGCACUUCGGGAAGUACAUGAAGGUGUCUGCGGGAGCCACGUUGGUGCUAGAACCCUGGCUCACAAAGUCUUAAGGCAGGGAUAUUACUGGCCAAACAUGUAUAAGGAUGCCACUCACUUUGUUCAGAGAUGCCCGAGAUGCCAAUUCUUUGCACAUCUGACUCACCAACCAGCAGAGGAACUCACGAACUUGUGGGUUGAAGCUCGACCAUUAUCUAGUCUUACCUCUAAGAAGGUCGAAGACUUUGUUUUCAGUUCGAUCAUUUGCAGAUAUGGGAUCCCAAAUCAGAUUGUGGCUGAUAAUGGAACUCAGUUCAAUUGCUCCUCAUUCCGAGAUUUCUGUUCCAGUUAUGGGAUUAAAUUGCAGUUCACCUCAGUUUAUCAUCCGGAGUCCAAUGGUAUGGUAGAAUCUGUUAAUAAGUGCAUUCUAGAAGGAAUAAGGCCGAGGUUGGAGCAGCACAAGGCCAAGUGGGCAGACGAGCUCAACAACGUCCUCUGGGCAUACAGAACAACGAGCCAAACUGCCACAGGUGAAACACCCUACCACCUGGCCUUUGGCACCGAAGCAGUCAUUCCUAUUGAAAUAGGAGUCCCAAGCUUCCGGGUCACCCAUUUCGAUGAAGGACGAAAUGAACAACUGCUUCAGGAAAACCUUGAUCUGCUUGCUGAAGUCAGAGAAGAAGCUCGGCUUCGAACUCUUGUAUACAAGCAGAAAUUAGCCAACUUCUACAAUAAACGAGUCCACCCUCGAGCAUUUAAAGUAGGAGACCUUGUUCUCAGAAAAGCUGGCCUAACAGGGUUUGAAACUCGUUUUGGCAAACUCGCCCCGAAUUGGGAAGGCCCUUAUACCGUGGCUGAGGUGCCACAUCCUGGUGUCUAUGUCCUCCAAGACGUUGAAGGAAAGAGGGUUCCUAGAGUCUGGAAUGUCAAUAACUUGAAGAAAUUCUACCCCUAAUAAAAUUCUUUCAAGUGAUCUAUGUCUUACUGUUCUUUACGAUUCUGACUUCGUGAUUACUGAGAUUCAUUUUACCUCUUAUUUUAUAUAUCCGAGGUCAAUCAGUUCAUUUAUUCCUUGAACCUCACUUCUGUUAAUAAAUGUCACUUCACAUA